AUGGCAAAUGAAGUCAUCUCCUCAUUCGUGUCCUCCUGGCCAAACCAGCCGCACAUCGAGGGUGGAUGCUUCUUGCCCAAUGACAAUGGCACAAGAACUCCAUACCCAGAAACACCUCCUCAAUUUGUUCUUGAUAUUGUGAAGGAAAGCCCGCGUGUGGUUCAACUUUACUGGGUCGAAGGCAAAUGCUGGUCAGAUGGAGAGCAGCCUGUGGCACUUCACGUCUGCCAAGAAUCCAGGGAAACGGCUCUCAAAGUCUACAAAUUGGCCUUCAAGUCUGAACUCUCACCAGCAACCACAUACUUUGAUUACAAUGUCGACAUAUUAUAUUUAGCUGUUGGGAAAAUUCCCGAUUUUGCACUUGAGUUGGUGAGAAUUCUACGAGGUGGGAUCAGCCGAUGCGACCUGGACUUAGUACAGCACGUCGCUGUGGAUAAUGUCUUUUUGAGCCCAAUUUUAUGGAAAUCAUCUAGCGACACUCCGUCGAAAGAUGAUCACGCAUUCCUGAGCAGCUUAUUUCCCGCCUUACGUUCUUUAACUUCAGUCGUAAUACCAUCUGCAAGUCUUCCUUUGGAUUCGUUUGUUGCUCUUGGAUUCAUUGACUAUUCUAUGGACAUUAUAAUUUCUAGCUUUAAGGAGACUGGGAGAGAGUUUUUGCCAUGGAUGGUAGAGAACAACGGAAUUGUCAUGCCUUGGAAAGUACCGCUUGGACGAGCGACCUGGGAGGCUCGAAUAUCUGAAAUUUGGAGAUUUAUUGAGCUUCAUGAUCCAACAGUUGCGACUUUACGCAUUGUCGCUGUAGGAAAACUUGAAAGAGACCCCAAAUGGGAGUUCCGAAACAAGUAUCUGAAUGGGUUUAUCUACUUUGAAGACAUCAAUUGCCUCUUAUACGCCACAGAAGAGCUUGAAAGGCUGUUGGAAUUACGUGAUCAUGAAUAUGGAACUUAUUACAAGUUCGGGAGCUGGCUUGCGCAAAGUUUUUAUCAUUCCAAAACAUUUGCAAGAUUGAGAAUGAUUGAUGAAGAAGCCCAUGUUGAUCCUAUUGAAGUAUAUCAAUGGAAAAGGAGCUGUGAAUGCAAAUGCACUCAUACUCGUCUAGUGGUGAACCCAUGCGAAGAGUAUGAGGAAUUAGGCAGCUUUGAGAUAGAUGAAGGAUUUGAUAUUGGAGACGAAAUGAGAAAAUGCUUACUUCUGAAACAUGGAUCAUUCGAGCCAAGGCGAACCGAGAUGUUGAGUGGUAAUCGAAACGGAUUGUUAUGUCGUUUUUGA